CUCUGAACCAAACCAGCAACAUUGCAUCAAUUGGGCCCACUCCAUGACAGAAACUGGACUCUCUCAGUCCUCAAUCGAGAACAGCGUUUCUCCAGACAUUGCCUCGCAAUUGUCUGCUCCAAACGUGGAACUGGCACGAGGGAAAUGUUUGUGUUGUGGGAGUGAUCUACGAUUUCCAGCUUCCGUUUCAUGUUUUAGAUGUACAAUAUGUGACACCAUCAACGAUCUAGUCCAACAAAAGAAGGAAGGAAUCCUUCCCCCGCCCACACCACUCACCCUCUCACGAUUGAAGCAGAUUGUAUCCCGUUGUGGUGGUAGAGAAAUGCGAAGGCGAAAUCGAAACCGAAAACCAACGCAUCAAAGUCUGUCGGAUAAAGAGCUUGAAGCUCAAUUUAGCCAACUGGAAACCGCAAUUGAAAGUUGCUUCAGCAAUUGGUCCGCUUUGAACACCAGCUUCUUAAAUGUACAAUGAGUUCGAUAUUUCAAUCUAUUUUUUUUAAUUGUUUACUUUUGAUUGACUGUCG